CUUGGGCUGGUACGAGCGAGGUGUGCGCGUGUGGCAGUAACGCGACGGAUAUUCCUACGCCUUCACGAUCUCCAAGAAACUCGAUAAAUCCACGGGGCUGCCUUCCCUCUCUCCCUCCCCACUUUCCCUUUCCCCCUUUGUUACAUCAACACGCAAAACAACCCCGCAACCGUUCAGUAAGGUGACUUAUACGACACGGCUCCCGGGUCUGUGUGUGUGUGUCGGGUCGGGUGGCGUGGAGUCAGAAUGAUUUUUGUGUGUUUCCUGGCACCCACGGGUACGACCAACCCUGGGAGGGUAAGGACCUUUGGCCAGUGGGAGCGGCUGAUCAGAGGAAAUUACAGAACGGGAGGUGCCCUUUGCCCCAUAGGCAGGUUACUCAACUUGAAUGUAACAGGCAGUUUAACCCUCAGCAGGAGGCUUUGUCGCGACCAAUGUAAUCCAUAGUAUAGGUUUAUUUUUUAUUGGGUUAGAUUGUGUAAAUACAAAUGUGGUGUUGAACCCACCACCACGCGACAUGGCCAAUUAGUUAGAGGGUUUGUCACGUAAACUGAACGUGCCAAUUCGUCACUAGCACAGCACAGCGGCUCUGUGUUGGGGAGUAAAUCCACUACAACAUUCACAAUUUGAGUACUCUGCCAACUCGCUGCGUUUUAGCCGCUCGUUGUUGUGAGCGCCGCUCCUCUGCCCCUCGUUGUUGUUGCUGGAGGACGGCCACCUCCAACUGGCCAGUAGCAGCGUCCUCAACGUGCACCUAGCCUGGUACUGCCCAGUGUCGUCCUUCACGAGCCUCCUCCAUAGAGGCAGAGAUUGACACCGCUGGUACCAAUCUAUAAACUAAUUACUAAAGUAUAAUUAUUUUACCAGUUAAGGCCCACUGACCUAUGUAGUAGCUCUUUUUAAAAAGCGACCGGGCCAUACGUGAUAGCUCAGCCAUCAUCAUCAUCAUGUGGAAUUGUAUAGCAGUAGCCAAAACACCCUAAAAAGCGUGACGUUGAUUAUAAAUGUGGAAGGAAAAACACGGAGAACCUGGAGAAAAAAUGCACGCGACCACGGGGAAAGAGAGACGCAGGCUCCAAAUAUACAGCAGCAGUAGGCGUCAGAGUCGGGUUCGAACCGACGACCUCCUGUAUACCAGGUGAGUUAGUUAACAUCUCCUAUCCACCGUGAUGAUGAUGAUGAGAGAGCGAGACACACAGACUCCAAUGAUAAAGCAGGCAUCAUCAGGGUUGGGAUCGAACCCACGACCUCCUGCGUACCAGGCGAGAUAGUCAACAUCUCAUCACAACAGGACGCACGAGAGGGAGCAUCGAGAGAGGCCCUCCAGUGGGCAUUUUUGGGUCUCCUCUUCCACGCUGCACCAACGACGUUGUAAGAGGCGGGGGUAGCCAAACCUCACACCACCGUGCGGGGGCGUGGACCUGGAACGCAACUUUAAUGGUUUUACAACACUGCUGUGCCUAGUAAACUCCGCGAGCUCUCUUUCUCUCUCUCCCUCUUGUGUGAGUUCACAACGAAUCGAUCGCUGCCCUCUGGCUCAAAGGUCGCCGACAAGGCACAAGACGACGACGACGACGAUGGAGACCAUUCUGGCCAUUCUUUCAGCUCUCUCUUCAGUCGGCGCCACUUAAGCGACCUCACGGGGAGUGUUCCAGAGCGGUUUGGCGCGACCGACAGCGAAGAAGCCGCAGCGCAGAGGAAAAAAAAUCACCGACGUGGGGCUGGCGGGCGUAAAAAAUGAAUAUUCCGUCGUGUUUCAUCGCCCUUCAAUUGUUCACGACGCUGGCGAGGGUUGACCGCAGCUCACAUCGGCCAUCCGUGAUACGAUCUGGGCGGCAACAAACGGGAGGGAGGAAGGCAAAGCAUCGUCAACGUGCCACGCAAGUUACGAACGUGUUGGCGAUGGCUGAACAGGAAAAUCCGAGCCCGGAAUUAUCUGUGGCACACUGGACAGGUCAGGGAGGAUGUAGAGCUCUGAGGUCGCCGACAAGGCACAAGACGACGACGACGACGAUGGAGACCAUUCUGGCCAUUCUUUCAGCUCUCUCUUCAGUCGGCGCCACUUAAGCGACCUCACGGGGAGUGUUCCAGAGCGGUUUGGCCCGACUGACAGCGAAGAAGCCGCAGCGCAGAGGAAGGAAAAUCACCGACGUGGGGCUGGCGGGCGUAAAAAAUGAAUAUUCCGUCGUGUUUCAUCGCCCUUCAAUUGUUCACGACGCUGAUACUUCCCUCUGAAAGUGUGACGAUCAGCAACGUUCUACGAGAGGUUAUCAAAGGCGGAUGUAACGAAACGACGCACUACUUGUCAAGACAUGGAAUCUGUUGUGAGCUCUGCCAAGCAGGUAGCAGGAAGGUGAUGGAUUGCGAACCAAACAGCGGCACGUUUUGCACGAGUUGCGAGCAAGGACAAGACUACACGGACGAACCGAACAGCUACAACGAGUGCAAGAAGUGCACCGUUUGCAACGUGAAUUCCGAGGACACCGAGAGCAGAUGCACCAUCAUGCAGGACACUCGCUGUCGCUGUAGAGAUGGCUUCCAGAGGGCUGCCCCGUCGGACCCCUGCACGGAAGCGAAGGGAGCCGCAGACGUUGCUGGACGUAUCACCGCUGUUGUCAUCGGUGCUGUCGUGAUCAUCAUUCUACUUGUGGUGACCGUGGGCCUCCUUCUCUACAGAAUUCGCCAUAAACACUUUCCAUGGGGAAGAAAUCCUGUUACAAGUGAGAACAUAGCUUUGAAUAAUGGAGAGCGUUUGAAUGUUACUGUUACAGAUGACGUCACGGACGAAGGGAAAGAGGAGGCGGGGCGUGAGAGAGAGGGAACGCCCACGAGGGAAGUUGUGACGUCACCGCAUGAGGCGCGGCGAUGGGGGGCGUCUUUCCGGCGGAGUUUGGAGAGCGCAGAGGAUUUCAUCAGUCAAAUGAUCGCAUAUGACAAAAAAUGCAACUGGAAGGACGUCGAGAGGGAGUUGCCAGAGUUGCGAGAGUGGAUCGGCAAAACUCCCUCCCUUUUCCUGCACGAGCUUAAGAGGAGAAAUGUGGUUACGGAACAGGAGUACUGGAGGGCAUUUACAAUUCCCGACGCCACCAAGCGCGUGGACUCAAUCCUGUUGCCCGUCAUGAGACGAGGGGACAGAAAACGCCGAAAGCUGCUGGAGAUACUUGAAGAACAGCGGAGCAGGGAACAGAAUUUCCUGGACAUGCUGAAGACGAGCCAUGUGUGCUCGCCCACUCUGAACCCAAACUCGGCACAUCGACAGCUUCAAAUUUCUGCCGAUCUCAGCACAGUGACGUGGAACCGGGAAGAGCAGCCUUACUCUGAUCACGCAGAGAGGUUUGAGUGGUGGGAAAUAGUCCUCUGCUUCGAGACCUUCUCGUCGGGUGACCACUACUGGGAAGUGGACGUGAGAGCCUCGGAAAACUGUUCAAUAGGCGUCGCACAUGGGUCGAUUGCAAGGAAUUGUCAAGAAAAGUCUGGCAGGCUGGGCUGGAACGAGUUCUCUUGGGCGUUCAUUCAAUGGGAUUUUAAUUUCAAAGCAGCACAUCACAAACAACGCAAAACCAUUACAGGUGUUCAGCAUUUGCAGAGAGUCGGCGUUCGCUUGGACUUUAACGCAGGAAAGCUUUCGUUUUACAACGCCAGCACCAUGGAGCUGUUGCAUUCAUUCGACGACAUUCCAAGUGGGCCGCUCUAUCCGGCUAUGCAGGUGAAGUCGGGCUCAGUCGCGAUUUACGAAGCUCAAUUAUUCAAGAACCUGAAUGUGGAUGAGAGCAGAGAAGACAUUCAGAUUUUUUAUCACUUUGCAAAUGGUGAAUUUAAUCUAACAAACAACACCGAUGCAGAGAAGGGUGACAGCGAAGAUGCAUUGCUCAGAAUGGGAACGGAGGAGCCUCUGGUGGCACGAGAUUUUAUCGGUAGGAUCCCUGCAAUGCUACACCACGAGUUGCUCAUUCAGGGUUUCAUCACGCAAUCCGAGCUCUCAGAAGUCUAUUCGAUGCCCCGCGCGUCAGCACGAGCUGACUUCAUCAUAAGCCGCCUCGAUCGCAAGCAGGAAGAGAGCCCGCAACUCCAAGAGAUUCUGCGUGAACAUUGUGAAAAGCAAGAGGCAUUCCUGAAAAUGAGGAGCGAGUCGAACACUUGCUCGCCGACUCUGAACCCAAACACGGCACAUCGGAACCUCCAUAUUUCUGCCGACUUGAAAACCGUCAGGACUUCCUCACGCACCCAACCUUACCCUGACAACUCAGGAAGGUUUGACCACUACCAAGUGGUCAUUUGCUCUGAGAAAUUCUCAUCGGGUUGCCACUACUGGGAGGUGGACGUGAGAGGUUGUAAGAAAUUCAUCAUCGGUGUCACAUAUGACACGAUACCACGGAAAGGUGAUGACAAAGCCUGUAAAAUUGGGUUCAAUGAAGUUUCGUGGAGCCUUAAGAAAUGGAAUAACGACUACACGACGCUACAUAACGAGACAGAAAAAAACCUGUCGGUGCGAGAUGCUCCCAAAAGAGUUGGGGUUCACCUGGACUGGGAGGCGGGCGUCUUGUCAUUCUACAGCGCCGACUCCAUGUCGCUGCUGCAUCGAUUUCAAGUAAAUUUUUAUCGAGAGCUGUACCCUGCAAUGGCCGUGCUGCGUGAAAGUCUCUCAAUAUGCCCGUUGCCGUACGCAGACGCUCGCUGUUAGAGAUGAGAGGCGCCUAUCAGAGCGGACGUCCAUGCGACUCUGUAUGUAUGUAGAGUAACUCCCUGGCCAACCGCGAGGGUUCAGGUUCCUGAAAAACCUCUAGGUUGGUAAAGUUACAGGGGGCCUAUGGGUAGUAGUGGGGUAGGGGAACCAUAGCGUGUGGUUAGACUCGUCAUAGUUAAAAUACGUUGCCUGUUUAUUAACUAAACUAUAUUACAUAAUAAAAAAAUAAACACGGACAUUAACUUUACAUACCCUUUAAUAUUAGCGAUGAUUAAAAUUAAGAAGUAUUAACGAUCUUGAUUUGAAGCUUUCGUGACUGCAGGAAUCCAUACUCUUUGGUUCUUUCGGUAAAGUCACGUAGUUAUAAAUAAAAUAAUAUGAAAUAAAACAAAUCACGACGUUUCCAUCGCAACACAACCAAUCCUCAUCAGACUCGCCACAGCUGUUUAAAAUUAAGAAGUAUUAACGACGAUGAUGACGAUGACCAUGAGAUGAUGGGGGGGAGGGCUGGUUAGAAGGAGGAGAGGCUCAACCCAGCCACGCCGUCUUCCCCUGGGCCACAGACUCAACACCCUAAAACUCUUACCACUCGCUGCACGCUUGGGUCAAUAAUUAAGGGCAAAAUGAAUGUGCACCAUGGAGUACUGUACAACAAAACAGACGGCCAGCUGAUCAGUUGAACAGCGCCACGGCCCCACGGAAUUUGUUUUACAUUUCGCGGCAGAGCAUACAAAACAUCUGUAUUGAUGUCAGGUUUUGACAUAUUUUUCCUUAACGAUUUUACUUAACUUGAUUCCUCUGUCGUGGUCAAAUCUUGUAAUCAAAAUUUCGUCCUCUUCCCGUUGUCCAAUCAAUUCCACAUUUUGCACACGUACUCACAUCCGGUUGCGAUGAAUGCCUGUAUCAAAAUCGGCAUAAAUUAAUCAAUUAAUUCGAUACUUUAAAGCAAUCUACAUUUUGUAUGGGACACCGUAUUUUAUUUAGAUAUUUGUGUAGGUCAAAAACGCCACGGUCCCUAAACUGUGAAAUCGGCUCGCACAAAACGCAGGUGCCGCGUGUCUCAGGCGCCAUUGACUUCUCGAUCGUGAGUUUAACGAAGUUGUUAAUAUACUUGUUUUUAAAAAACUUUUUUAAACGAGUUUAUUUAUAUUCAUCUUUUCAUAUGGUCGAUCAUACUGCUAUGUUAAGACGCUGUGUAAAAUGUGUUUGUUUUAUGCUUAUGAAUCAAUGUCAUGCUAAUGAUUGAUUUUAUCAUGUAUGCGAUUCAGUGUAUAUACGGUAUUCCGAUGUCCUACUUCGUCUUUAACUUGAUUUUGUGUCAUAUUUUGUAUUAAACUCCAUACAGUGAGUGCAAACAAAACCA